AUGGAAUCCUCGACCAAGUCUGUGCAACGGUCGUCUGUGAAAGAGUCUGGCUCUCUGCGACCUACGACUCCACUAUUGACCACGCGAUACCAACGUACAAGCAGAGCCACUCGAGGCUAUGCAACUCUCAGGGCAGGUCAUUCUUCUUUCGCCGGGGAGACAGAGCCAAAGUAUCUCCCGCGUGGCUGGUCUGCGCACGUUCACCCGGAAGGACAAUUGUAUUUCGCAUGCGCCACGAAUCCUCGGGUUGUAACCGAAGCAGAUCUGUACGAUUGCCAAGUCCAAGAGGCCAUCUGCUACUGGAUCGAGCAAUUCAACGCGUGUCUGGCCACACGGAGCAUCGCUCUGCCGGACACAGCUGAACUCUUCCUGCAGCUGGGAGAGGAGCCAAAUGCUUGCCUAUACUACCUGGCCGAUUACGCAUCCAGAGUGAUUUUCUGGAUUGAAGACGACCUUUCCACCGAAGAGCUGGGCUUCUCAGAGACCGUAUCGGAUGUGCACCUCCACAUAUUGCUAGAAGAGCAUUUCUGGUCCCAUGUGGAGUUCUUCUCAGCACAUCGGUCCAGCGAGCUAUCACUCUCCGACCUCUUGGUGGAUGAGCUUGCUACGGUCUUCCUCCAUGGUCGUACUGACCAACUGACAUCAGUAACGUCAACAUUUCCAUACAACGCCGAACAAUGUACACAGUUCAUGGACGUGUUGAAUGCAGCAAAAAGUGAGAUAUUCUUACUACGCUAUAUCGCUGACACUACACUAACAGCGCGCCUCUGGGUCGUCAUCACGCACUACAGAUUCAACAACCUGUAUGGAGACAAACACGCGCGUCUUUCCAGUGAUCAGUCCGUCCUCGACUUGCCUUCGAUACCGAGAAGCCGACUGUUCUCUGCGGUUUCAAUGCUUCUAUUCAAUGUACCCAGCUCUUACGAAAGACAAUUCGAGGAUCUAUGGGUGGAUGAGCUUGUCUACCAGGAACCGUGGCAAAAGGCCAUGAAGGUGUUCCGCGACGAAUGGAUCGUGUGUACCGCACUGGUAUGUCAGCUUCCUAUCAACGUCUGGAUGCUCAUGCUUCCAGAGACCACACGUUCCGUAAUGCUGGCGUCUAUGCUCAUGUGUAACAUGUCCGUGUUAUUCUCGGCGAUCCUUCUCAUGAAACAUCGCCGAGCAACAACCUAUGUCGCCGAUGAAGCGGCAGCGUAUCUUUCGGAAGCUCGGCGAGAAGCAUCAGGCUUCCGAUGGACAGCGCUUGCGUUCAGCCUUCCCAAAGCGCUGUUGCUGUGGGCACUCGGGAUCUCGUCUGCGCAGAGUCUCGUGUGGCUGUGUGAAGCCACAAGCGUUCAUGUGCUGGGAGGUGCCGUUCUUGCGAUUUUUGCGCUCUGUUUAUACUCCGGCGCGGUCCCUGUUUCUCGGACGUUGCCGGAAGGCUGUUCGUUUUUGACUUUCUGGAGGAUGUUCAGAAUCCGGGCGAAUCGCCAAUCGGAGGAAUGCGUAGUUUAGACGCACUUAUACAAAGCUAUCUGCAGUUAAGUAUGAAUGUUUAAUAAUACAGAAAUAACCUAGACCCAGCGUUGGUUCAGCUGUCACGAUCUGUGGUACUGUAUAUUCGCCACCAGUGUCAGACCGCACCUCCGGUACGUUUCAUCAAGCAAGGCUCUACAUAGUAUCACCCUGAACUGAUGUGCGGCGGAGGACCAAUAAUGGUGCGUGCUACUUACACACGCAAGAUCCGAAGCCACGAACAUGUGCAACGCUUGGUUCUAUGACAGGCGCGAGGCAAAAAAAUACUAAUACACAGCUUGAAUGAUGCGCAUGGAACGCAAGCGACUUCUUGUCAUUGCAAUACAUCCAUGAGUGUCAUUUCGAGUCGUAGGAAUUUGAAAUGAUAUCGCUGCGAGGAUGUUGAUACAGCGCUCACCUGAUUAUCAAACAGGUGUCUGCAACCCAAUAAAGAAAGCCGCAUGCUGACCAAUGGUCAUAUUCCAGU